AUGUGCGGCCGAACUGCUUGUAACUUGAGAUGUGAAACUUAUUGCAAAGCAACGAGCUAUAAAAAACGUAAAGACACAUUGUAUUGUCAACCAGAAUGGCACGAUGAAAUGAAUGGUAACUUUGAAUUUAAGCAGUCCAACAACAUAGCGCCUACUGAUGUAACUCCUAUUCUUGUUUCCGGCGAAGAAUUUGUAGGCUACCCAUCUAGAAUAUUGACACCUAUGAUAUGGGGUAUGAUACCUCCCUGGCAUAAGGGAAACUUUAACAAUCAUGGAUUAAGCACAAACAAUUGUCGAAUAGAAAAUGUAACAAAUUCAAAACUGUACAGUGAACCGUUGACUAAAGGAAAACGAUGUAUUGUAAUUUGUGAAGGUUUCUACGAAUGGAAAACUACAGAAGGAGUUGGAAAGAAAAAGCCUUACUUUAUACACAUGCCCCAAAAAAAUGGAGUUUCAGUUUAUGAUACAAAUGCUUGGGAAUCGGCUCAAUGGACAGAGCAAUCUGGUUGGAAUGGACCAUCUUUACUUCAAUUAGCUGGUAUUUACAAUAAAUGGAAGUCACCCAAUGGAGAAGUUUAUAGCUACUCAGUUAUAACAAUGGAAUCGAGCAAGACAUUUUCUCAACUUCAUCACAGAAUUCCUGCAGUCUUAGAUAAUGAACAGCUUAUAGAGGAUUGGUUAGAUACCAGAAGGGUGUCUGAAAGUCGAGCCAUCUCUAUGCUUCGCCCUAUUGAUAAUCUGAUGUGGUAUGAAGUGUCAAGCAUAGUUAACAACUCACGUAACAAAAGCGAGGAUUGCAAUAAGCCAAUAUCUAAAAUAGUUAACAAAAGCAGCACUUUUAUGACAUCUUGGUUAGCAGGAAAAAAUAAAAAAACUGAUAGUAGUGAUGAAGAUCAAAUGAAGAAAAAACAAAAAAACUAA